AUGGUAUCACAAACUCUUUUGGAGACGCCGCGCCAUCCUGGGCGGAGCGAGCGAGGCUCCGAAAGCGAUAGCUCGCUGGAUGAGAUCGCGCACGAGAAGCAGAAGCUGAUGGUCACCGGUUUCGCCCUCGGGCGACAUGGCAAGGAUCUGGACAAUUCGGCGUCGCCGAAGCGGUGGAAGUCGUUUUGGACGGCAUUCCGAUACCUCUCCAAUCUGACCCCCAAGCAAGUGGACGACUUCAUGGCGUCGUAUGUCAUCUACAACCUGGACUGGUCCAAUGAGCAGCAGAUGCGCGAGGUGCUGGGCCCCAAUUACCAGGAGAAGGUUGGGGAUUGCUUGAAGUCGUAUUAUGGCGUGCUGAACCAUCUGUGCGCGCUGGGCGAUGUUGAAAAAAUGUAUAUUCCGCCGUGGAUGAGCCGCAAGGCCAACGUCCUGGAGAACCAGAUUUUGUAUGAACGGUCAAUUGCCAGCAACAUUGGCUUGUCGACUGGCGACCGCGUGUUGGAUCUGGGAUGUGGUCGCGGGCGCGUGGCCGCCCACAUGGCGCAAUACUCGGGCGCCCACGUCACCGGCCUCAACAUUGACCCCAACCAGAUUGCGCAGGCGCAGGGCUUCAACGAGGAGCGCGGGCUCCAAAACUCCUUUGUCACCCAGGACUUCAACAACCUCCCUCUCCCAUUUGCCGACGAGAACUUCGACGGCUUCUACCAGAUCCAAGCACUGAGUCUGUGUAAGGAUCACCGCGCCCUCUUCCGCGAGGUCUUCCGCAUACUCAAGCCCGGGGCCAAAAUCUCCCUCCUCGACUGGGUCAGCUUGCCUGCCUACGACCCCAAGAAUGCCGAACAUGCCGAGCUGAUGAGCCGCGUCAAGCCGCUCAUCGGCGCCGUUGGCACCCCCACUCCGGAGAGUUUGGAGGAGGCCCUGAAGGAUUCGGGAUUUGAGGUGGUCCGCUCGGAGAACGCCAGCAUCGACGGGCUGCAGGCCCCGCUGAUCGACACCGUCGACCUGUACUUCCGCACCCUGCGUCAGGUCAUCCUCGGCCUCGUCAAGCUCCAUGUGCUGCCCCGCCACUUCAAGACCCUGAUCAACCGCCUGUGCCUUGAUGGCCAGGCUUUUGUCAAGAUGGACAACAUGCGCCUGGCCACCACAAGCUACAGCAUCAUUGCGCAGAAGCCCCGAUCAUAA